AGCCCCAUCCACGAUGAGAUCUGAGACUGCUGGCUUUACCCAGCAAUCACGCCCCCCUACCCGGGGCCUACUGGCUCAGCAGUUGCUUUUCUACUCCUGAUGUCCUUAAUCCCCAUGGAUCCUCAACCAUAACCAUGGUCACGCGGGUCGAGGUCGGCUCCAUAGCAUCCCUGACUACAGUGCCAGGCCUGGGUGAUAUUGGCAAAGAGGAAACCCUGAAGCGGACUUACUUCUGCCAGGCUAGCGAUACCUCUGGGGCUCCUUCAGCCCGGAUCUUGGAAGGAAAGAGCCUGCUGAGGAGCCCAGCUCACUUACUCCCCCUGCCGAGGCUCUCCCCUAAGCCUUUCUCCAAGGAGCAGGCUCCUGCAGAUGGGAAACCCCCUGUGUCAUCUUUGCUGCACAGUCCGCCCAGCCUGUGUCCUUCUGGUGGGCUCUCUGAGGAGGUGGCAGCAGAGGACCUGGAUAAGAGGAUGCCCGGUUUGGUGGGGCAGGAGGCAGAUGAUGGGAAGAGACCAAGGAGAAGCUCAUCUCUGUUCAUGUGUUCCUGCGGCCCAGCCCCAAUGCCAUGAUUCUCUUUGAAACCACCAAAACUGGCCCCACUCUGGGGAAGAUGGUCAGUGAGGAGAUGCUGGAGGCCAAGGCAGGCGUGUCUCAGGAGCCCCCUUCAGGUACCACGCUUGAGGUGGCUGCCAAGCCCCCUGUGCCCACCCUAAA